AAGAACCGGAACGAACGAUUCCUCCGUGCACGACACAGAGCGCGCGGAGCUAGUACAUAGGAGUAGUGUGUUCAGCCUCCACGGAGCCAAGCGAAGCGGCCGUAAUAAAUCCUCCAUCACACAAGAGCCGAUUGACUUUUCCCUCAAGAUUUGCCCUUUGCCGAGCUCACACACACCCACACACGCUCCACACACCGUCUGCGCCUCAUGCUGAACCAUCCCCAUUCCCAUUCCCGUCACGGUCCCCUUUCCCCGCUCCUGCGCGUCCUCUCCCGCGCCGCCGCCGCCGCCGCCGGGAGCCCCUCGGAGCACCACCGGGCCCGGCAGCCCAUGGACUCGCCCUCGUCGUCGGGCCGGCCCACCACGCCGCGGCGGCAGCUGCAGCUCCAGGGCCCGCGCCCGCCGCGGCUCAACGUGCGGCCCGAGUCGCACGCCAUCAAGAAGCCGUCCGGGGCGCCGGCGCAGGCCCAGGCCCAGGGCCGGAGGGAUCAGCAGCAGCAACCGCACGGGCCGCCGCCGGCGCGGGCGCCCGUGAUCAUCUACGACGCGUCCCCCAAAAUCAUCCACACCAAGCCCAGCGAGUUCCUGGCGCUCGUGCAGCGGCUCACCGGCCCGAGCUCUAGCGCUGGCCCGUUCCCCUCCGAGGCCCAUGCCCAGACCCAGGACCAGGACUACCAGAUGGAGGAUGCCGUGCAGCUGGGGCAGUCGUCGUUCCUGCCGCCGGAGCUGCUGCUCUCGCCGUCCGCCGCCAUGUCCCCGGCCGCGAGGCUGGCGACCAUCGAGAGGUCCGUCCGCAAUCCGAUGCACACCUUGCCGGCGUCGGGGUAUGUUGACUUCUCCAACGACAGAUUCGACGACGGGGGCCUGGCCGCGGUCCUCGGUGGCGCGGCCCGGCCCGGCAUCCUGUCCCCUUUGCCCUCGUCGCUGCCCCCGGCCGCGGCCUCCGGGCUCUUCUCGCCGCUGCCGUUCGACGCGAGCUGCAUCAGCUGGCUCAACGAGCUCAGCCCCAUCCUCCGAGCCGCCUCCACGGGCGCCGGCUCCUCAGGCAGCGGCAGCGGCGGCGGCGGCGGCGCGGGCAACGGUGGGAUCGCCCGGCCGCCGCCGGCCUACUACUCCGACCCCUUCGUCCCGAGCCCUCGCAACCUCCUCGCCACGCCCACCAUGCCGUCGCCGGCGACCUUCGCCGAGCUCUUGCGCAACCUGCCGGAUCUUUAGGCCACCGCGGCCGAAUUUUUCCUUCCCAUUCUUUGUUGGUUAGGCGCAAUCCAGCGUGGUGGGGCCCAUAUACUGACGACAACUUAAUUAGUGCAAGUUUAUCCUUUUUGGUUUUGUUUAAUUGUUCUAAGGCAACCACUAGUCCACUAGGCAGUGAGGGAGAAAAGGGGGAGAAAGCAAUGGAGAAAGCAAUGGCAAAGUCAGCAGCAGGAGUAGUAGAUGACUAGAAGGAGCCGGCCGGCCAGCUCUUGUUUAGCUUUUCUUUAAAAUUUAUUUUGUUUAGAUUUGCAUCUGUUGUGUAAGCUGAGCAAAUGAUUGUUUGCUUAAUGGGCCAUUAGUUUAUUGACUUAUUCUUUACACC